AUGAAGACCUUUCCGGUGGUGCUGCUUUUGGUGGUGUCCUUGGCACUCAGGCACUUGUACAACUAUGGAAUGUUGAAAUGUGAGAAAUGGGAUGUUAGAAAUCUUUGCGAACGAGCAAGAUGGAGAAUGCUUAGCGCGCAAGACGGUGACAAUUUUCUACCAAGUAGUAAUUCAGCAGAUGGAAGAAAUGAUGAGCGUGGUGUGCAUGAACAAAUUUCACGUGGCGUCCCAAGAGAACAGGUUGAACUUAUUGACCAGGACACUGGAGAGAUGAUGCUUGUAGAUGUGCAGGAGGUAGGUAGGAAUGAUUCUGAACAUGUCACGGACGGUCGACCCUCUUUUCGUGCCACGAAUGUUAGGGAUGUGCCUAUUGACCAAGAGACAGGAGAAAUGUUGCAGGAAGAUGGUGGGGCAGUGGAGCCAACUGCUUCAAGUUCGAUGGGGGAGAAGACAGUGGAAGGUGGCAGCGAUGGAAAGGAUCUUGUGCGACAUAAAGAAGAAGAAGACGAAGAAAAGGAGGGCGACUCCAAAAGAAGCAUAUCAGGUAAUGCAGAGGCGGGACUAAAGAGCAUACUAAGUGAGACAAAGACACCCAUUAAGGAUAACGAGUCGAACCUGCUCAGAAGUAUAAUUAACCAAAUUAAUUAUGUGCAAGUGAUUGGGCAACUGUUACAUGUGGCUGACGAAGGGAACAGACAGUCCUUAGCAAGAAGCAUCCCGUCGAAGGAACAAAGGGAACGACAGAAGGAACGACAAAAUGCUGCACCUGGUGACGAUAUUUUGUGGGCAAAUAUCCCAAAUGGGGAGAAAAAGGGGGAGGUUCCAAACGGAACUAAGAACGAUGGAAUGAUAAAAGGGUAUGCAAAUGUGCUGUUAAACGAAGGGAAGAACGUCUUGAAGGCAAACGUUCGUACUUUCCUAAGCAGGGUUUUUAACCUAAUCGUUCGCGAAAAGGUAAUGACUCGCAUGUGUCAAAGGGGGGGUGAGCAGCAGGAAAAGGGGGACAAGUGGAAGGGUGAGAAGUGUGCAAAAAGUUCGAGUGGCGACUGCAAUGGGGGGAAGGCGCCCGUACCUGGUGCACCCGCUGACCCACCCGUUGAUCGUAAGACCAACCCACCCGUUGAUCGUAAGACCAACCCAACCGUUGAUCGAAAGGCCGACCCCGCGAACUGCCGACUUCCCAAGCCGAGUGGAACGAAAUUCUACCAAUCGGAGGACCUUUACCACUACUACAAUUCUCUGGAGGAAAUGCUGAAAAGCAGAAGCAUUCGAUGGGAAACAGACCGGGUAUCCAGGUACUUCACGUUCUACCCGAUCAAAAAAAUAAAGGACAACUUGGAAGAGGUGAUGGACAAUAAGAUAUUUAUAGAAUCCGUUAGAAGCAUCUUAUUCGACUCCCAUGAGAAAAACGAAAAAACUGUUUACUCAAGUUUUGCUGUUGUUAUUGAGACGCUGUUUUCGUUAAUAAAGGAAGAAAAGGUAAUUGCUGAUAUGUAUUCUUAUGUGAAUUUAUUUUUUGAAGACCUAGACAUUCUAAAUUUGAAGGUGUUGAAUUUCCUCAGAAAUUCUUCAAAUGAAAAUUAUAAUUUUUUGGGUCCCCCAGAUUUGUCUCUGAACAACUUAGAAUAUAUUUUGGCCAAGAUAUAUUCUCGCUCUGUUUUGGCUAAUAUUUUAAGCACAAAAAUGAAUCAUUCGGAUUCGAAAAAUUUUUCAAAGAUUCUCAUGAGUAGGAACAACGAUUUGAGGUUUACUUUUCUGGAGAAGGUGGAGAUCGUGCAGUCUGUUAUUCCUAGUGAAGGCGCUUCUUCAGCCAUGGUUUUAAGAAAUGAGGGGGGUCAAGUGGAUGUCCCCAUGCCGGUGGCGGAUGACACGUUGUGUAAAUUUAUUCCCAUUAGGAAGAAAUUACUGUACGAAAAACUAAGCCUCACGAGGAAAGUGGCCGAAGAAGUAAUCCUGGAUUACCUGUUCCGAUUACUCUUGAGGAAGGUGCAUGAAUAUGUGAUGGAGUGA